CAAGACCAAGAUCACAUCGGUAAAAAAAGACAAAAAAAAAUACAAUAAUACAAGAACACGACAGUUAAGUAUUAUCUUUUUUUUUACAAGAACGAAAGAAAAAAAGAAUAUUAUUGUCUGCUUUAUCCGGCGAGAAAUAAUGGGGAAGAGAGUGGCGGCGGCGGCGAUGGUCGUGGUGCUGAUGCUGACGUGGCAGGAGGCAUGCAGGGGAUACACGGCGGAGGAGAGAGUGAGGAUAGAGGCGGAGCGUGCGAGAGACGCGGCGGAGACGGCGAAACAAAGGGCGGCGGAGACUUUCGAAGAAGCAAAGGACAAAUCUUCGUCAUGGGCUGAUUGGGUCUCCGACAGAAUCUCCACAGGAUUUGGAAACAAGAAAGAGGAAGCAAGAGAAGCGAGCGAAAGCGUCAAGAACAUGGCGUAUGACAAAGCAGAAUCGGCAAAGAACUAUGCCUACGACAAGGCUGGUGAUGCCAAAGACUUCAUCUAUGACGAAGCAGAAUACGCAUACGACAAGGCCAGCAGCCAUGCAGGAACCGCCUACGAUAAGGCCGACGAAGUGAAAGCCUUUGCUUACGACAAGGCAGAAGACGCGAAGGACUUCGCGUACGGGAAGGCGGAUGACGUGAUCAGGAUGGCGACGGACAAAGGCGAGGAGGCUAAAGACAGAGCGUAUGAAGCAUACGAAGGAGCCAAGGAAGGGUCGAAGGCCGCUAAAGAUAUGGCGGCGGAGAAAGCAUACGGUGCGAGAGAAAGCAUGGGGGAGGCGAUGGAGUACGGCAGAGAAAAAGCGAGGGAUGCAUACGAUUCCGCCUCUAACCAUGCUUACAACGCCAUGGAAGGGUCGGAGAGAGCUUUUGAAGACGCCAUGGAUAAGGUCGGGGAGAAGUAUGGUGAAGCCAAGGAGAGGAUGACCCAGAAGGCUAAAGACGCUUACGAGAGGGCUUCUCAUGCCGCAGGCGAGUUCGGAACCGAGCUCUGAAAUCAUAACUACGUAAUAUUACAUUUACUUUACUCUUACUCCCGCGUGUAGUAGGUCUUUUUUUUUAUUGAUUUCGUUGGAAACACGAAAGAAAGGUUAAGAUUUAAAUAAAUUCUAACGUUCUAAUGAGUUUCCAACGACUGGAUUUGCAAACAAGAAAGAACCCUAUAAUCUUAGAGAUAUGUAUUGCAUGCAUAUAUAUGUGUAUAUGUAUACGAUCAUGAUCAAAGGAAAGGGAAGACAUCAUGAAAAGAAAGGGAGAAUAAAGGAUUUGAAGACGCAGAAGACUUUGGCUAAAAUCAAAGCUUUGUAUACGAAGUUGAAUCGACGCCGUUUGAAGUGAAGGUUUUUCUUUCUGUGAUCUAUUGAUUUGACUAAUUAAGUUGAUCGGCGACGUGUUGGUGACGUCAGA